AAAAGGACAAAGUUAAAGAGAAGUAAACGUCAACCAUAAAGCUGCUACAGUACUGAUAUCUCUGUAUUUACACCGCACAAUACAUACCAUAUUUCACAAAGAGUUUUGGAGCUCAGUAAACUCCAGCAAUGGCAGAUCCAGCAGCUUUCAUUGCCAGCUGGUUAACUCCCUCUUCUCUCUUCAUCUUCGUCAACAUCGUCAUAGGAACAAUAGCAAUCACUUCUCGCUUCACUCCCAAAAACCACCACCACCCUCAUCUUGCUCCUUCACCCUCCCUUCUACAACGACUCAGCUCCUUCAAUCUCACUCACCACCCAGACCCAGACUUCACUCACCCUCAACUCGUUCCAACACCCUCAUUAUUGCAGCGAGUCAAGUCCUUCAAUCUCUCCUUCCGGACACACGAACCCACACAUGCGGAAACACAGCACCUCCAACCUACAAACCCGGAACUGGUUCGGACACCCUCGCUGUUGGAGCGCCUCGCGUCUUUCGAUCUUUCUCUAAAGAAUCAAGAACCCACACAUGCACAAACACAACACGUGCAACCCGAACCCGAACCAGAGCCUGAACAGCCGGAACUGGUUCGGAGUCCCUCGCUCUUGCAGCGGCUACAGUCCAUAAACUUGUCGCGUCUGUACAGAUCGGAGGCCGUACACGGAGAGGAUCCGGGUAAGGCGGAGAUGCGGAAAUCGGCGAGCGAGAGGAGGGGCCCGAUAGAGCGCGAGGAGGAAGAGGAGGUGGAGAGACGGAGACCACAAACGGCGAGGGUUGAAGCGACGUCGUGUAGAGAAGACGAAGAGGUGGACGCGAAAGCUGAUGAUUUCAUCAACAGGUUCAAGAAACAGUUGAGGUUGCAGAGGAUUGACUCUCUUCUCCGUUACAGAGCAGGUAGCUGAUAGAUUAUCCAUGGAUCUACGUCACUGAAUCUACGUCGUCGUUUCGUCGUCACCUUUGUUGUUACUUUGUAUUAUAUUAUUAGUAUAAUACUAGUUUGUAUUAAGAAACCAUCACUUGGUGUUGGUCGGUAUGGCAAAGUUCUUGUUAUAGUCUAAAAAGGUCUUUUUAUUAUUCUAUAUAUGCAUGUGUCAAUGAAAACUAUGUGCAAUAGUAAUAUUCAUUCUAAA